AUGUCCAUUCCACGAAAUGACACGAACGAGCGCACGGGCCUGCUAGGGAGAACUACCUCGUCUGGGUCGCAAUACCAUCAUGAAGAGCAUCCAGUCUGGAAGAGAUGGCCAGUGAACGUUUACCAUGUGACGAGAGCAACAUUGGUUAGCAAUUAUGUCAAUGCUCUUUUGGUGUUUGUGCCUCUGGGAAUCAUCGCCGGUGCGCUGCACUGGAAUCCGACUGCCAUCUUUGUGCUGAACUUUUUCGCCAUCAUCCCAUUGGCCUCGCUGCUCAGCUUUGCGACAGAAGAGUUGUCGGUCAAGUUGGGCGAGACUCUUGGUGGACUGCUCAAUGCUACAUUUGGCAAUGCAGUAGAGCUUAUUGUUAGCAUUGUUGCGCUCAAGAACAAUGAGAUUCGAAUCGUCCAGUCCAGCAUGCUUGGCAGCAUCCUGUCCAAUAUUCUUCUUGUUCUGGGGUGCUGCUUCUUCGCCGGCGGUCUCUACUACGAAGAGCAAGAGUUCAACGAAACCGUCGCGUCAACAAUGUCAUCCCUCAUGGCAGUUGCGUCGGCGUCGCUCAUAAUCCCAGCAACCCUCUACGCCGUGCUCAGCCGAUCCAAGUCGAAGACUGAAGACAACAUUCUGAUUCUCUCCCAUGGCACGGCCAUCAUCCUCCUGAUCCUUUACAUAUUGUACCUCGUAUUCCAGCUCAAGACCCACACCCGGCUUUUUGAGGACGCGCCCAAGAAGAAUCCUGCGGUAUCUGGCGAUGCGGAAGCAAACGGAGACAUCCCCGCGCAAGUCGUCAGCGCCACGGCCGGUACCGCAGCAGACGACGAGGAAGAGCAAGAAGAGGAGGAACACAUUCUCAACCCGUGGGCCGCGGGAGUCGCGCUUGUCGUGGUCACCGUCUUGGUCGCCGUCUGCGCAGAGUAUCUCGUCGACAGCAUCGACUCGAUUGUGGAAACGUCUCACAUCUCCAAGACCUUUAUCGGUCUCGUUCUCUUGCCCAUUGUCGGAAAUGCCGCCGAGCACGUCACUGCCGUUGUCGUUGCCAUUAAAAAUAAGAUGAACCUCGCCAUCGGCGUGGCUAUUGGAAGCAGCAUGCAGAUUGCCUUGCUCGUCACUCCGUUCUUGGUCAUUCUCGGCUGGAUCAUGGACCGGCCCAUGACCUUGCACUUCCAGACCUUUGAAACCGUCGUCUUCUUCCUCUCCGUCCUCGUCACAAACUACCUUAUCCAAGACGGAAAGUCAAACUACCUCGAAGGCGCCAUGUUACUGGGAACAUAUAUCAUCAUCGCUCUUGCCUUUUACAUUUACCCCGAUGACGCCCCGGAUAUUGGAUCUCUCAUUGGAUCUUAA